GGCAGCACCGGCCAACGCGUGCAGCCGGCAAGUGCAAUAGGUGCGUUUGCUUACUAACAACAACUGAUGCAGCUAAUGCCGUUGCGCUGGGCAACUAAUACCUUGUUUUAAAGGAAAAGCACAAACAUGUCUUCCAGAGCUAAACAACGGAAUGCCGCGAACUCUGCCGAAUCGGCAACGCUGACCGUCAACGAAAGGAUACUCAGGGAUUGCCACGCUCUCUACGUCGACCCCGAUAAUGGGCUGGUGAAGAUCGCCGAGUCCCUAGGCCAGACGCUCCUUCCGCCGCGCAGGAAGAUCGUCGUUCUACUCAUCGGCAACCACUCGGCUGGCAAGAGCACCUUCAUCAACUGGUACAUCGAGGAACAUGUGCAGAAGACCGGGGUCGCCAUCGAAACCCAAGGCUUCGCGCUCGUCACGAGCGGGAAGAAGCGGGAGUCGCUCACGGGGAAUGCCACCUUACACCUUUACCCACACUUCAAGCCACUACAGAAGAUUAAAGGUGUGGUGGAUUACCUGACCACGGAGAUUUCCACUUCAAGGCAGAAGAGGUUUAGCCUGGUAACAUUUAUUGACACGCCGGGAUUGGUUGAUGGUGACAUGAAGUAUCCGUACGACGUCAACCACACGAUCCUCUGGCUAGGUCAGAUGGCCGAUCUCAUCUUUGUGUUCUUUGACCCCAUUGGUCAAGCCCUGUGCAAGCGCACCCUCAACAUUGUCGAAGAACUUAACGACAGAUUUGUUGACAAGAUGCGGUUCUACUUGAGCAAAGCAGACGAGGCGGGCCAUGAAGCCGACAGGCAGAAAGUCAUGAUGCAGAUUGUCCAGGAGCUGUGCAAGCGGCCAGGCCUAAACCGAUGUGGGUUCGACAUGCCGGCCAUCUACAUUCCAGAUGCAAGCAAGCAAGUAGUGCGCUGCGUCAACCAAAUUGAAGCGGUGUGCAAGGACAUUGAGAAAACCAUCAACCAGACCGUGCAGAAUGCACUCAACUCUCUCGAGCAUGACUGUGAACGACUCUGCAAUGAAGUGUCACUCAGAAUUAGCCAGGACAACAAGGCGAGGUCAGACAACUUCAGCACGGGGGGCAGGGGCCUGUGCCUCGGACUGUUUGGCCUCGCGCUGCCAUCCCUGCUUCUGCUCAACCUGGCCCUCCGCAGCGCACCCGAGGAGCUACUCUUCUCAUACCUGGGGACAGGCACCGUCGAGUUCCUCUUCCUCUUUACUCUUCCCCUGCAGAUAUUAUCAGGCCUGCUACCAGACUCCAUCCGGCUGGGCGUGAUGGUUGCCCUUUUUGCUGUGUCCAUCAUCUUUUUAGUUCUCGCCAAGUGGCAGUCAAGGCUCAAGCCUAUACUGACGAGGCAGCAGAAGCGUACGCUCUCCGAAGCCCAAAGCUACCUCACAACUUAUGUGAAGCCUAAGAAGCAACGACUGUAUGAAGAGUACCUCAGGCAAAGCGUGGCAGACUAUGACUUGUGAUACAGCCACUGUGGCUGUUGUCCAACAUCGUCAACAUCAUAGAAUACAAUUGUUUCCUUCAUGCAAAACGUGUGACAUGUUUGUCAGAACAUAUAGGCUUCAUCAUAAUAAAUUAACAGGAAUGUUACUGUCA